AGGCGCAGCCAGAGGUCCCACCCACAGCUUGUGUGGAGCAUGGACUUCAGAAACAAACGGUAUUAAACGCGAAUUCUACCUACUGGGAAAUAAACAACUGCAGUCAUCACAGCAGGUUUCUCUCUGUAGAGAAAGAAGUACUGUUUAGAUAGGUUGACGGGAGAAGUACGCUGUAAACUUUGUAAUUUUUUUGAGAAAUGAAGCAAAAUUGCAAUGUGCCUGCGUUUUUGAGCAAGUUAUGGACCUUGGUGGAAGAUCCAGGGACAGAUGAUCUAAUCUCCUGGAGUCGAAAUGGCACCUGCUUUCAGGUGUCUAAUGAGCGACGUUUUGCUAAGGAAAUCCUCCCCAUGUACUUCAAACACAACAAUAUGGCAAGCUUUGUCAGGCAGCUCAACAUGUACGGUUUUCAUAAGGUGGUUCACAUAGGUGUAGGCCUGCCUCGAGAUUUGGAUGAUAUAAUUGAGUUUCAGCACCCACGCUUCAGACAAGGAGAGCCUCAGUUACUGGACCACAUCAAGAGGAAGGUUUCUGUGAGCCGAGUGGAUGACUUUAAACUGAGACAGCAAGAAGUGUUAAAACUCUUGUCAGAUAUUCGUCAGAUGAAGGGAAAAAAUGACUUGGCUGACAGCACGAUUCUAACUAUUAAAAGGGAAAAUGAGGCGCUGUGGAAGGAGAUAUCAACUCUGAAACAGAAGCAGCUUCAGCAACACAAAGUUAUUCGGAAGAUCCUUCACUUCAUUGCCACGAUGGUGCAGUCAAAUAGUGUGGCGGGAAUCAAGAGAAAAAUGCCUCUGAUGAUUGGUACUUCUGGUAUGGCUCCUUCCUACCCAAAGUAUAGUCGCCCCAUCACUAUGGACAGCAGUCAGGAUGGUACAGCUGUACAUGGUAUUCCGAAAUGUGAAACCUGUGAGAAGAGCAGUGUUUAUCCAGGAGGUGUUAUCAUCUCUGAAAUUACACACAUGAUUGGGAGUCCCGAACUGCCUGGUGAAGAACAAAGUUUUGUGACUGGAAAGCUGAAUUCUGGUGAAACACUGUUCAGCACAGAUACAGAUAACCUAGUUGCCACUUCAAGCACAGCAUCGUCACCAUUUGCAUCACACAAUCUGUAUGAUGAUCUCCUGGAUGAAAGCUGCCAAACGACUGCUGAAGAAAAUCCUGACCAAAGUGAAAUAAUUGAUCAUUUGGAUAUGAUUGACAACAGUUUGGCUCAAAUACAUUCCUCGCUCAGCAACACACGUUUAAACACAAAUUUGGAUUUACUGAAAGAUCUAUUCAACCCAUCAACUGGAGGAUUAAUAACAUCAUAUCCUGAAGUGGGACUGGAUACUUCCAAGAAGGCGAGUGGACAAAAAUGCACAAGUGUAGAAGAGGAACAAGAUUACACAGAUGUACAGACUAAACGAGGUGAAGUUGAAAGGAGAGAUUGCAACAUUCUGCCUCUCUCAAAGGAGGAUGUGAAGGGGGCAAAUGAGACAGAUAUGUUGCCAACUUUGUUGGAACUGGCAGAAGAGGCCAGUGAUACCUUUUUUCCCAGUAACAUCUCAAUUUUUGACACUGAUGCUUUAAACCAAAGAUCCAAGCUGAUCUGCAGCUAAAUCACACCCAGUCGUUCACUAACAUGGGGAAAUCCAUUGAAAUGGACAGCAGCUAUCUAGGCAGUGUGUUCUUUUAGCUUGGGCUUAUUGAGCAUAGCGUUGUAAUGUUUUCCAGCCCUUCAGAAGCAGAAGUAUUUACAACCAGUAGCCUAAAAGUGACCUUGCAUUUUCUUUUUCCAUUUUUGUUGCAACUUAACCUAAUUAGAAAAUAGACCAGAAUGUAAAAAGGGCAAGAUUGCAUUAACCUAGCAGACUAGCAAAUUUCUCUAACACUUACUUCUCCUCCAACAUACUUCUAACCAAUCUGUUACUAAAUUCUGGCAAGGACUUUGGUGACCUGCAGGUUUGGUUGACUGACAUAUAUCAUUCACAGUCAGGUAAUGCAAUUUGGUACAAUGCUGAUUCAGUGGAGAAUUGUUCAGGAAUUGGAAGAGGGCAGGCUCUAUGUUAGUUAGAAAGUUAACUUCCUUAUAUUUGGUGUCCUUUCCAUUGAAACUGAUGAUUUUGAUUAGAUGUUAAAUUGGCUUUUGUUGCUGUGCAUUCUUGCGUGAUGCACAAAAUCUAGUGUGUGUGAAAUAGACUGUAUAAAUUUUCCACCAAACAAUCCAUCAGCAUAGAAAUCAUUGACUGUUUGAUUGUCCAUUAUCCAUACUCAUCUGUGCUACCUGCACUUCUGUUCCUGAUCUAAUAUUUAUUCAGCUUUUUCUUCCUGAAAGGCUUCCAUUCCUGCUUCUUCUUGUCAUUGUUUUCUCCAUUGCAUUAUAAUAAGGUGCCUGUGAAUUCUUGUUUUUAUGAGUGGAAUAUGAUAUGCCUUAAACAUGAUUUGGAAUAGUGAACAAAAAGAAAGGAAUGAAAUUCUAAAGUAAAAAGGAAUUGCUGGAACUAUCCAGCAAGUUCAUCACUGGCAGUGUAAAUAAUCUUGAAUGUUAUUGCAUCUUUAAAUUAGAUUCCCAACAUUCUUUUUGUUUUGCUUAAGUCCAUUUUUAAGUGCAGCUCCAUGUGGUUAAAGUAGAUAUAGAAUUUAUUACAUUUUGUUAUCACAAAUGUCACUCUUUAUAUUUCUCUGCACACAAGUAGUGUUAUAAUCCCAGUCUGGAACUUCAUCUCAAUGUAUUACAUUCUAAUUUGCACAAGUGCCUAAGGCCAAACUAAGCCCAGACGAAAAAAACACUGAGCUGCUAUUCUUGCUGACUUCUGGUUCUGCAUUAUUAAAUGCUCAGGCCUCACCAUCAUUUAAUGGGGAGUCCACAAAAUAAAUACAGCAAUAUCUUUGUGAAAGUCUAGAAAAUGUUGAGGUCCAAUAGGAGUAUCAAGGUAGAUUCAUCAUUAAAGUAUUACAAGUAGUUACAAAAAGUAAUUAGAAAUUCUAAUAGAAUACUAACUUUUGUAUCUAGAAGAUGACAGUGCGAGGGGGUAAAAGUUAUGCUUCAACUAAACAAGCCCUGAUCAGACCACUGUACUCUGGGAGAACUCUGGACAUCAUAACUUAGGAACGAGAUAUCGACCUCAGAGGGAGAUGACUUUAAAUUUGACAAAUGGUACCUCGAUGCCAAGGGUAAAAUAACAAGGAGAUAUUACAUAAUUUAAGCAUGCACACCCUGGUAAUUAGAAGGGUAAAGAAUCGUUUUAAUUUCAGUUUUCAACAUAUGAAGGGAACAGAUGGGGCAGACAGACAUAAGCAAUUUCUUCUGGUGGAGUAUAGGGCUAUGGAGUAAAGUUUAAAAAAACUGGAGCCAGACUUUUCAGGAGCGAAAUUAGGAAAUGCUCCUACGCUCAAUGGGUCUUGUGAUUCUGGAAAACUAUUCUUUUAAUGGCGAUUGAUAAUAAAAUUUUAAUUGAUUGGUUAACAAAAAAAAAUCUGAGAUACUAUGGGAUAUAGCACAGUGGCGAAUGUAGAGAUGAGUAGCAGUAGUAGGACAGGCCCAAGAGGCAUGAAAGCCUAUUCAUCUGUGCUUAAGAUUGUCAGUUCCAGUUUAUGAUCUUGUACCAGUUAAUUCAACAUUUUUAAUACCUCUUAUUUGUCAGUUUUCCCCCUCCCUCACUUGAAGAUUUAAAAUAAGCUUUCAUAUUUUAGCAGCCCAUUGUUUCCAACAGGAGUCCUUGCAUAGUGAUCAGGAAUGGAAAGCCUGGAGUAUCUCUGGAACCUUAUCACUACUCCCAGCUUAAUUCAAAAUCCAAGCAUUAACGGACUGCUCUACAUGUUUGGUGCAGCAGAAUUGAGUUCUUGCUGAACUAGGUGGCAAAUCUGUUACUCAGUAGAUAAGCACACAUCCAAAGAUAAACUUAUGGAUGUACAGCCUGCUUAUUGAGUAGAGCAGAAUGUACUGUCAUGUCUAAAACAAAUGAUGAGGUCAAAGCAUCGAAGCUUGUCAUGUAUGGCCACCUUUUCAAGACUCAACAAUUAUACUGUUCAGUAAGUGUUUAGUGAUUUAAAGGUUUUUGUUGACCAGGUGAAAUUGGGUCUUCAAGCAUUUUGUUAUUGCUUUGCACCUGUCAAAAUGCUCCUCCCGGACAAUCAUCAGAGUUUGCAUGUUCUCCCUGUGUCUGUCUGGGUUUCUGUUGGGUGCUCCAGUUUCCCCCCACAGUCCAAAGAUGUGCACGGUAUUUGGAUUGGUCAUGCUGAAUUACCCAUCGUGUCCAGGGAUGUCAAGCUUAAGUGGAUUAGCCAUAGUAAACUGCAGGGUUACAGGGAUAGGAUUAGGGGCCAAGUCUGGGUGGGAUGCGUUUUAGAUGGUCGGUGCAGACUCGAUGGGCAGACCAGCCUCUUUCUGCACUCUAGCCGUUCUAUUAUUAGUGUUCAGAAAGGGAUGAGGUGUGAAUGUUAUAAUCUUAUGAUGUAAACCUGUCAAGACAAAAGACAGAAAUUUGUUUUUGUAUGCAUUUGCCAUGUGAACAAUGCCAUCACUACAGAUGAUCCCUGGAAAAUUCUCUCUCUAAAUUUGGGCAUCUAAACAGAUUCAUUGAAAUGAACAAACUUCAAUUAACUGAGGGAGGGUGGAGCCAGUUCGAUCUCUUGUUCUAAAUAUGGUUGAGCUACAAUGUGCCCUUGCAGCCUCACUGUUCAGCAUUUUGUUUCCAGCUGUGGCAUUCAGUAAAGUCUGAUUGGAAAUUAAAGUCAGAUUCAGGACUCAUGGACAGUCUUCAACCAUAGAAGAUUACGCACUAAAAUUAGGCUGCUAGAAGAAUGUGUUUAUCGGUUCCUAAUUUGCUGAAGACUGCUGUUGUGGUGCAUUGAUGUACAAACAGUCAUGAACUACCUUGCACUUUCUGUUCUGCAGUUCCCAUUAUCUUUGAACUAUUCUGCAACUUGGCACGACUAAGAGUAUUAAAAAGAUAAUGGCAUUCUUUCAGCCAUCCCCAGACAAAGCUUACACAUAUUAGUUUUCUCAAUUGAUGAUCACAGGAUUCUAGCUUUGGACAGACUCACCUAUCUGGGUAGUGGUCUGUCUGAGGAAAUCCACAUUAUACAGAUAAAUUCAGUUUAAAGUAUUAACUUCGGCCGAAGUUUAGCUUUUCAACUCCAUGAAUGCCUCUGGGACAAGAUGGAGAAUCAGCCUGUAGACCAACCCUACAUCCAUUGGGUACCUGUUCUAUCGACCCUGCAUUAUGCCUAUGGAACAUACAUACUGUAUUCACUUGCAUUUCAGGUACCUGAGACAAUAAAGAUCAGAUGACAAGACAGGAUUCCUGACACCAAAGUUUUUUUUAAAAACAAAAAUGUUGGUGUGCCAAUCAUGAAUACUUUGAUUAUGAAGGUACAGUUGUGAUGGUCAGAUCAUAUGAUAUGAAUGUCUGAUGAACAGUUCCCAAAUAAGAUUUUUUUAUAGUGCUGUGCCAACAGAGAAACUAUUUUGAGGUGAUGAGCAAAAGAGCUAUAAAGAUUGGUUAAAAUAAUUAUGGAACAGUGUCAAGCUGCUGUAUAUAAAUGAGAAUAAAUUGCUCAAGAAAACAAAACGUGGUGAAAAAGCACCCAGGAACAUACCUCCUUACUGAGGCCUGUGACAUGCUGAUGCUUAAACCCCAAAUUAAGAAAGUUUGCUUGAUCAAUUGAUCUUCCCAACUUGAUGUGGCCGUGAUCCAUUUCUUUAUCUGCAGGUGCUCAUUCCAUAAUAGGUUUUGUGAAUCAACAAAGCAGUUAUAAUUUUUCAAUUUCACAUACAAAAACAUGGCCAACCUUCUUUUCAUUAGGGUAGAAAUUAAUCCUUCUGUUCCCUAGAAAUCAAAUGUGAAAGUGAGAGCUUCAGCUCUUUAAAUACCUGCAGUACCAACUGGCAUAACAGGGCUUCCUUCUUCUAACUUCACAGAUCUGUCAAGGAGCCUAUGUUUUUCCUGUUCCAGGACCAGGAUUUUAAAGAACUGUAGUUGAGCGGUCCAUCACCAGCUGCCACUAUAUUAAAGGCACAGAUUUAUUAACAAUAAUGUAAAUUGACUGCACAAUGUGUAGUAGACACACCUUCUGCUCUCAGUGUUGGAAUAAUUUACCAACUUUGCAUGUAAUGUUAGAAAAAGAUGAUUUUGUAUUUUUUUUUACAAUUCCCCUUGUUAAAAUUUUGUGGCUGUUGGUCAGGAGGAGCAAGAACACUUAAGGAAGUAACCAGCUUAAACUGAUAUCUGUCCAUACUGCUCACCUGACUCAAAUCCAAAGAAAUAUUGGCUUGAAACUGCCAUUUGAAACUCUUCACAAAGCAAAAGCUUUUUAUUUGUGUAAGUUCUGUUUGGUGGUGAUGCCCUAAAAUGAAAUGUUGACUUUACAAGUAUGCUGCUGUCAACUUUUUUCUUAGUGUUUUCUAAAUUUGUCCUUAAUGCAUGUUCCAUUGAUUCCCUCUUAUUGUUUAGAAGUAAUGGCUUCAAACAUGGUGCUUUUUUGUAAGUGCAUCUGUAUUGGUGUCCGGUUAUACUCUGAAGAGUGCAAGAUAUGGUGCUGAUUUUGUUGUGUUCAUAGAAUGUUUAAUUUCAGACAACUUGAGGGAUUUUAUGUUAUUGCAAUGUUCUGACACCAAAUGUUUCCGCUCUGUUUCCACUCCACAUGCUGUCACUCACCCAUCACUGCAAUCUGCAGCCUUUCCUCCCUAGUACCCAAAUACUUAUUGUGAAAUCUUGGAUGUGUUUCCUAUGAUAGUCUGAGUGUAUUACAUUAGGAAAAAUAAAAAUUUGGAAACUCGCUUAAAAUGUUGCCCUUCAUCGUUGGCCUGAACAUAGCCAGAGGUCUAGCAAAAAAUAUAUGUGUAACAAUUUGCUCCCUCAGGUAACUUUUCUGCAAUGAGCUCUGUUACAAUUGCCUCUUGCAAAAAAAUCAAAAAUUAAAAUAUCAUUUAAAAAAUAAAAUAUUAAUAGAAAUAGGAUCCUCUUGUCAUAAAAUUGUAAUUUAUCUACCAAAACCUUGAUAAAUGGUGAAUCUACUAACUUAAUGUUUUCUUGCAAAUUGAAUACCUGUCCCCUGGAUAUCUCUGUGAUCUUAAAAUACUGCUUGAAGUGAGUAUUAGGCAGCAAAAGUGCUGAAGUUUGCAUGCUGCAGUAUCCAAGGUCAAAAACAUGGGAAUUUGUAAGAAAAUUGGGAGAAUCAUAUGAGAUUGGCACUGAGAAGCUUCUGGACAUUGAGACCAAAACAUUCUGUUUUCCAACUUUUGAGUGGCAAAACAACAUCCUUGCUAGUAUGUGACAAGAGGUCAAUUUAAAUGCAUCAGCAUGUGUUAACAUCUUAGUAUGUCAUCUUGCAUCAUUAAUAUGCUGUUCCCAUUCUGCCAAAUGCUGUCUUGGUCCGAAGGCAUUGAUAUCCCAGAACAUACUCCAAGUGGACAGCAAUCAAAAAGCCCUGCCCUUCAUUAGCUGAUUUCUGGUAAGGUUCAAUCCUAGGAUUGUGUAUGAUAGCAAAAGAUCUUCCCUUGUGUGCUAGUUUAGUUACCCAGUACUUAACUGGUAAAUCUUCAUACAGUAUCAAAAAAGCUUCCAUUUGCUCAAGCAGUAUUACACAACAUUUUUGAAUUAUUUUUGAGAUCAUUUCACUAGUGCAUAGGAACUAGUUUAUCUUCUGCUUACCUUUCUAGAUGUAAAUAGGAUUUUUUUUCCAGAGAGCACUUUUUUUUUAAAGAAGAGGAUGUGGUUUUGUACAGGCAAGUCUGAAAAGUAAUGUUUAUUGUGUCAAUUUUGCACACUUAAAGCUGUUCAUGUGCACUACACUAAUAAACUAAUGUGUGUACUGGACAGAAUUAAAUCUGUUGUCGAAUGUUUGAUAUCAAAUAUAUUUCCUACAGUGGCUGUGUAUUAAUAAAUGUAUUGU